AAAACGAGAAGACCACCAAACUGAGACCGCCUUCACCCCGUGAGGAAAGUUGAGGAGAGAGCGAACAGGAAGUCUUUUUCCCUCAGGAGGAAGCCAAGUCUGGCUGCUGCAAAAGCAGCCGACCCCGUGGCUUCUGUCGGGAAGGAAUGCGCGCGCCGGAGACAGACAGACAGACAGACGGAGCGAGUACUGUACAGAGGAUCACCCUCCACUCUCUCACACCCUCUCACUCACCCAUUGAGUAUCAUUUCCUCCUCCCUCCCUCUCUCUCUCUAUUUCUCUCUUGCACACACACACACACACACACACACACUUUCAGUUGCUGCGCUCUGACGGAUGGGGAAACACUGCCAAGGAGGACUAAGGGGUGAGAAGAGUGUGUUUCUUCUCCUCUUCUCCACUCUGGUGUGUUUUCUGGCGUUCUCUUAUGAGCUGUUAAUUUCAGACCCGCGCCCGAGGAUGAGGAGGAUCUAUUUGUGAGGAAGACGCAGCAAAAGAAGAAGGAAACAAGAAGCAACAGGGUGGCCAAUUCUGCGGAGCGGCGGAGCAGCUGAGGAUCUUUUCUUUUUCUCCAGGAUCGAGCAAGGAGUCCUGUCUCCCAGCAGCAGCAGCCAUGUGAGAGGAGCUGUCAGCAUGCAGAGGAUGCCCACAUCCAGCUAAAACAGAGCGGUCCUCCCCCUCCCCCAUCCUCCCCAACCUGCUCCCAUCCUCCUUCCCACAUGAGGACAAGAAGAUGACUAUCACCAGCCGGCAGUCCUUUAAUGUCCUGACGGUCAUCUUCCUCCUGCUGUCCACUGCAGCUCUCUCGGCUCAUUACCGGGUGUGCGAACCCUACUUCGACCAUAAAGGGCGGUACCACUUUGGAUUCCACUGCCCGCGCCUCUCAGACAACAAGACCUACAUGUUCUGCUGUCACCACAACAACACGGCCUUCAAGUACUGCUGCAACGACAGCGAGUUUCAGAUGGUCAUGCAGGUCAACCUCACCACCACCUCAGACGGUUACGCACAUAAUAAUUACACAGCCCUGGUCGGCGUGUGGAUCUACGGCUUCUUCGUCAUGGUGCUGCUGGCCCUGGACUUCCUCUACUACUCAGCCAUAAACUACGAGUUGUGCCGGAUCUACCUGGAGAAGUGGGGUCUGGGCGGCCGCUGGCUGAAGAAGGCCCGGAGCCAGUGGCACCGGUCCAUGCCCGAGGAGAGCGAGGCCCAGGCCCAAGCCCAGCCCAUGGUGCCCAGCAGCCACUACCAACCCAGACACAGCCUCAGAGGAGAGAGCCACAGCCCCACGCUCCUGCCCUACAACACGUCCACCGCAUGAAUAAUGCUGCGUGCUGAGUGGA